AACGACUUACUCGUACCUAGAGUUACUAAACAUACAGCGCAGCUCGACUUCCUGAAGAUUCGCUCAUCUGUUUCACCUUCAAUCAUCGUUCUCACUUUCGAAUCUUCGCGGCUGGUCACUUGUCAGGAUAUUUUGCCCUGUGGACGUUGUACAAUGAUGAUGUGAUUGACCUGUCGGACGUGGAUCACCUACAUCUACCGUCCUCCCUCUCCAUAAGCGCUGCUGCUGCCUGCAUCAAUCAAUGACUCGUCUAUGCUAACCCAGGCUUUCCCAAACACCUCUGCAUCACUCCGUGUGCCUCAGAGGACCAGUAUCGUAUCCCAUCGACGCCUCAGCCUUCUCUUGCCCACCUGCGCCUUGACGCCCUAGGAACUUCACUUCGCCGCUUCGUCGUCCCGCUGUCGCUUCUCAGACUCUGAAAUAGCGAACUCGAUAGUACUCUUGGAAAGAUGCCCGUUUACGUGGGGACAGCCAUUAUUCGAGCACGACGGCCAUCAUCGGUUCAGGCCAGGACAUUGUGGUGGUGGAGCCGCCACUCUAGUGAACCACAGCACUCAUAUGGCGAUAACUUCGAAGAACGUGUGGCAAGACACCACAAGAUGUUGAGGUCCAGAUACUCAAAAGCCUUUGCACGAAGAGUCUUACGGGAGAAAAAGGUCAACCUGCACUGGUUUGGACGUGGCAAUCAUCGAUUCUGGGACAACAGAUACUGUGCAUACCAACCUCCGACCACGGAUCCUGCUAAGGAUUCCAAAAGUGAGAAACAGUCUCACGAAGGACGGGAGGGCGAAUCUGAGAACCCAGAGGACGUCAGUUUCGAGUCGUUUCGAGCUAGGAUAGACCGUGCUAUUGCAGAAGACCCUCACGGAUGCCUCUUCGGGAGGCCGUCGCAUGUUCGUCAAACUCCCAGGCAUUCAUCCUUUGAUCCGUUCUCUUGGGAAUCCAGAAGUAAUUUCGAGACAAAUGACAAGAUUAACGCACCCGAAACUACUAGAGCACGAGUUGCGAACACGGAUUCUGUGGCCGACUCACCAGCAUCGUCAUCUAACCCGGAAACAAGAUCGCCAUUUGCAGCGAAAAGUGACACUCCCUGUUCAGAGAAGAAUGCCCAAGCCAUGGAAACCAAAAGCGAAAUGGAGUAUGUUUACGAUCCCAUCUCAAUGAGAAAGGUGCCUAGGGAUACCAGUCCUUCGAGGCACGAAAAGGCUUCCUUAGUCGACGUGUUCUUUUCAGAACAUGGAGUCGAGAUUCCCGUCAAGACAUACAAGUCGCACAAAGUAUAUGGCUAUGGCACAUCGGAGCCAAGCUUAGACGGCUCAAAGUCCGAUGAAAUCAAAGAUUGUGGCACAAAAAGCCUGGAGAGUUCGAGGAAGCAGAACUUACGCGAGCUGAUGUUCAGAACGAAAGGAAACAGUCUGGAUACCUCUGCCCAGUUUACCGAGAUGACAGAUAUCCAAGCUCUAGAGGAAGCAGGAGAUCGAGGGCUCCCUAACAACAAGAAACGUGAAUCUCCAGCUCCAGACGACAGUACUCCAUUGUUCUCGGGCACAACGUAUGAGGCCAAAAGUGCGAUUCACAUCAAUGCGAGUGCGAAGAAGGAUGACUGGUUGGCAAAGGAGGGGUUUCGAACCCAUGGCUUGUACGGGAAUGAUGAAAAAGCAAGGGAACCUCUGGAGACAUCUACCAAAGGUUAUGUCGGCUUUCGAAAGCAGACCGAGAAGGAUCAUGUUGCGGUCGAAGAGGUCUUGUCACAUCCUCCAGGAGAGACCACCAAUCCCAUACUUGAACCGGCAUUGGAUAGAAUUCAAGCAGCGCCCGGGCCUGAGCCAGGAAAUGAUGUCCGCUUGCUCGAAACAUCACUGGAUCGUCACCUGAAGCAGGACGGUACCUUGAACUCUGACAUCACGAGCCCACCAACAGACAAGAUAUUCAGAGACUCCAUACCAAGUACAGAAGAAGACAUGGAUCUCUUGCGAGCCAGUGACGUUCGUGCCGCGACUCGAACAUCUCGACACACAAAGCAGGAAGUAGAAAACAGGAAAAAGGCGACAAGAGAAGAGAUGGAGCACACCUGGACGACACUUGAGGAUGAUUUCAAAGAUAGACGCGAUGAUGCGACAACGACAAAACCCGAGACUGCGUGGACACCAGCAAAUCACAGUCUCGACGAUGUCCGGAGUCAUAUUCGCGGCUAUGUUGAUGGUAUUAUGGCGAAGACGAAGCAAUCAAUGGGGGCCUUGAACAGCAAUUAUGAUAGCUAUGUCCGACUCGUUGGACGAAGCAAGUGGGCGGACUUGACCAAAAGGCUCGUUUUCAAAGAUGAGGCCUUGAGCAAGACGCCUUCAAUAUUUACAGCAAAGCCACAGAAUCCGUCCAAGUCCUCAACACCGGAUCCAGAAGUCGCUGAAGCCGUGGAAGAGCGUGACGGACGUACGACAUCCCUUAGGGAAGCUACCGCCAGGGCGAGGAGAGAGUGGGAGAAGACCGAAACUCAACUCUCAAAGCUGUCUAACAACAUUCGGGCUAUAUACGAGGAUGAAUACGGGUCGAUCAACGUUGACCAUCGCCAACCUAGCCCAUCGGAAGAUCUAGGGCAAACCAUUGCAUCAAGAUCGUCAGAUCCUGCCCGCGCAACAUAUCUACCGCCCCUUCUCAAUGCCACUGUGAAACCGGGAGUCGUGACCGAUCCUGUCGUUGACGCCCAUGUCAACACUUUCGAGCCAAAGUACGCAGAGCUUGUCGAUGCAGCAAAGGCAGUACGCAGAGAGCUCCACGAGGCUAAGAUGGCACUUCGGGCGAUUGAGUCGGGAAGACCAUCGCAUGUGUGGACUGUUCCUUCUUCGGCGGACUUCAAUUUUGGCAAGAAAAGAAUCACCUUCAAAGCACAAGUUGUUGGUGCCUCCGAACCGGAAAUCCCUGCUCCUGGUGACGAUCCAAUGACAAAGCCUGAUGGCAAAGUAAUUCGUGUUGAUGCAGCCAGCACGCGCGGCAAGGAUGAAACGGUGCCGGAGCCCGUAUUCACAGAAUCAGGCUCGCCAGAGUGGAACGACGAACAGAUCCCCCCCAUCGAAUCUCUGAGGACGAGAGAAAGCGAUGCUCCAUAUCUGAGUUUGGUUUAUGACCACUCGACAGAGAAAGUUAUCGUGUCGCCAGUAAACGAACCGUCGCAUAUGCCGAACAAGAGAGCAGAUCUCGUUGAAGUUCUUGGGCGACUUAAGCAUGCACCCGAGUUCUUGAAGCAUUUUACCACAUUGAAGCAGGCAGAGUACUCCCUUGUUGAUGGUGGAGAGGAUAUGCUGGUCUUUGUGAAGAAGUCGACGAGGCACGUGCCACCGAAGCCGCUCAGUGACACGAACGCAGGUUCCGACAAGCCUGCAUCGACCAAAGCGGACCGGCAUGCCGCGACGGUUCUUGAUGAAAUACCGGCGGAGAUUGAGACCCCUGGUCCGGCAGCUCCCACCGCACCGACCCCGUCGAGUCCGAAAGCGAACACUCGGGCAAAGGUCAAGAGACAAGAAGACGUCUUCUCCGGCACCCUUCGUCCUGGCGAAGAGGCGGCUCCUCGGAACGACGAGGCAGGGUACGAGGAGGACAGCCUUGGCCGCCGCUUCACCCGCCGCCUCAGGGUCAUUUGCCUGACGGUGGCGUCCUUGGGCGCCGGAGCUUACAUCAUUGGCUUCGUGGCCGAAGGGCUAGGGGCACAGGCACAGCGGCAGAAUGGUGUCGCAGAAGACGGUCAAGUGUCAGGCCCCAGGAAGAGGAUCGUCAUGACGGGCCAGAGACCGGGCAUCUUCAGUACCGAGAGCUCGAGAUGAAGAUGUCGGUCGACGAACGCCUCUUUUUUUUUGGUCUGGACGGGCAUGUUCCGAAAAUUGAAACUCAGAAACGAUUCGAUCAAGUGGUGGUGGUGAUGAUGUUGAUUACGACCGCGACGACGAUGAGGGGCAGUUGCUGUAUUACCAAAAGGAAGAAAGGAGGACGAACGUCGUCGUCGUCGAUCAUGUCUUUGAGCCCGAGUUAUCAUUUUAAGUACUUUAAGGUCAGGGUCGGUUGGUCGAUGGGCUCAGCCACGCCCUCUCUCUCUCUUCUCAUUGUUAUUCAC